AGCCGCAGUAUAUGAGAGGGUCUCCUGGGUCUAGCUUCACUGCAGUGUAGAGAAGAGGCAGGGCGGCUGUUUUAGUACGAUGCGCUGAGAGGAUGGUGCACCAGGAGAAACGCGUUUACCAGGCCCAGAGGAAUGAGAGAGAGUCCAUCAGGCAGAAACUUGCCCUUGGCAGUUUCUAUGACGACGAGCCAGUCAUCUACACCAGCUGCAGCAAAAACGGCCCGUCCUCACCGUCUCAUCGACUGCAGAGUGGAGUGAACCUGCAGGUAUGUUUUGUCAACGACAGCAGCAGUGACAAAGACAGCGAUGCUGAGGACAGCAGGACAGAGACCAGUCUGGACACACCGCUGUCCCCUGUGAGCAAGCAGAGCUCAUCGUUAUCGGACCGGGACACGGCGGAGGAGGACUCGGACCCGUUAGAUGACUGCGGAGGGUUCUGGCGGGUGCAGCGGAGGCUGCAGGAAGAGGCCCGGGUGGCGCUAGCUCUGGCUCGACCCAUGGCCCGUAUGCAGGUGGAGGUGGAGAGGCAAAUCCAGCUGCACAGACGCUCACCUGUGGCUGACUUGCUUCCCCAUCUGCCCCACAUCAGCGAGGGCUUGAUGAAGAGGAAUCUGAGGCGAGGAGACAUGAGGGACAUGAGUCUAGGACAGCUGCAAGUCAUCACAAAUGACUUACACUCACAGAUUCAGAGUCUCAAUGAGGAGCUGGUGCAGUUGCUGCUGAUGAGGGACGAGCUACAUGUGGAGCAGGACGCCAUGCUGGUGGACAUAGAGGACCUCACCAGGCACGCUCACAGCCAUCAAAGGCACCAAGCAGAGAAAGCAAUCUCUAAAUAAACACCUCGUCUACACGUGUGUCCAUCUGCACGCCAUCUUACCUCCCGCUCCAUGGACUGUCACUAGUGUUACUAAUGAAACUCCAUCUGUGCUGACUGUUUCUGGAGAAAUUAAUACACCAUAAUAUAAACACACACAGAUACGCCACAUAAUGUAGGCUAUUGCACCACAGGAUGUUGUCGAAGGACAGGGGACAUCUGAGAGAAGCUGAGUGAUCGCUGAUUUCAGUAUGGACACAGUUGAGUUUGUGCAGGCUUUUCACUUCCACUCAGCACGAUUACUCAUGCCAUCUUUUAUAGAAUUAAGGGAAUCCUCUCAAUGUAAUUGCAUCCCCUAACCCUGAUUUACCUCUUCAUGAUUUUGCACGGUACACUCAUGUAUUUUAAUGCUGGGUUGGAGAGAGCGCCUGCACACCUUGUUUCUCCCUUGUCUUCAAAAAGGAGGAUACUUUAUCAGAAGUUUGUCUCUAUAAUAAUCAAGGGGACUGAUCAGUUGAUCUGUCGACAUAGCCUGUUCACCUGUUUAUCAUUACUUUCACUAUGAGCACUGUGUCAUCGCUGUUCAACACCGGAAUUCACUAUUAAAUGUCUACUGUCCGAGCUGUUGCAAUAGAAAACAAUGAAAAUAUUCUGCGCUGAAUUGCAGAUUAGCUUCUCAGUGGUGUUUAAAUGCUGCUGCAGCUUCACAGACGUCUUGUAAUUCAAUAGCUGCUACAGUUUCCACCUGCUUCAAAGAUGCAUUUAGAGCUGUACUCGACAACAUUUUGAAAUAUAUCUGAAAAAUUUGAAUUUGACAAAAUGCUUUUAUCUCUUAAAUAGGCAAAAUGAGGGGACAAAAAUUGUUGGUUAAUACAUAAGGAUAAAAAAAAUGCAAAAGUGGAGGCAUGAUAGCCCCUGAAUACAAAUAUGCAGUCACGUGAAAUUUACUGAUGAUAAAAAAACAUAUAAAACAAAUAUAUGACUAAAAUUAACACUUAAACAUAUUUAUUUUAUCUGCUCAGAGGGUUUAUGGACAUACUGUAUGUAAUGUUAAAAGAUACUUUAUUAAAAGGAUGAAGAACAUGCCUUGUUGUCUGGCUGUGUUUAAAUGUUUUCACUCUCAGCUUUUUAAGAAUGUUAAUUAACACAAAGUCGAACUUUCCUUUUGUAUUGUAUGCUUCACUGAUAAUUGUACUGUAUGAUGAUUGUAAGAGAAGAUUCCAGUAAUAAAUGUUUCAAGUGUG